AUGACGCGUGCGAGUACCAUCAGCCGCUCGAUCGAAAUCGGGCUUCGUUUUAUUGGCAUGUGGCCGGACUCGGCUUAUCCGAAUCUCUAUUGGUUUAGCUACAUGACAUCGGUAGCGAUAGUGCAAUAUUAUCAAUAUGCAUAUGUAUUCAUACACUUUGAAUUGGACGAUCUCGGGCUUCUCAUGGAUUCUCUUAGUCUUACCUUGGCUUACAGCCUUGCUUUUCUCAAACUUCUCGUUCUGUGGCGGAAUCGUCGGAUAUUCUAUUAUAUUGUGAAGAUAAUAGAUCAAGAUUGGAGUGAGUGUGUUAUUAAUGAUUCGUACAAGUCUACAAUGACGGGCAUGGCAGAUCUGUCGCGUCGUUUUGCUAACACAGUAUUUAGUAUUUACGCUUUUUCUUCUUUCUUUUUAUCAAUUGGCGAGCACUUGCUCCAGUCCACGAACGAUAUCAAUCAAUUUGGCAAUAGUUCUCGAGAACUCCCCAUAAAAAUGGAAUUCCCUUUCGACGUUAGCAAAUCACCGAUUUUCGAGUGUUUUUUAAUUGGACAAUUUUUUUAUGAUAUGGUGAUAGCUUUUGUGGUCUGUUUGAUAAAUGCAUUACUUGUUGCGCUAGUAAGUAUUAAUGAUUACGAAGAGAUUAAAAAGUUAAGAUUAUAA